GCUAAGAUGAGGGAUCUUCUUCAGUAUGUCGCCUGUUUCUUUGCCUUUUUUUCUACUGGCUUCUUGGUUGUGGCCACCUGGACAGACUGUUGGAUGGUAAAUGCCGACGAUUCUCUGGAGGUGAGCACAAAAUGCCGAGGCCUCUGGUGGGAGUGUGUCACAAAUGUUUUUGAUGGAAUUCGGACUUGUGAUGAAUACGAUUCUAUUUUUGCGGAACACCCAUUGAAGUUGGUGGUAACUCGAGCGUUGAUGAUUACUGCCGAUAUUCUGGCUGGGUUUGGACUUAUCACUCUGCUCCUGGGUCUUCACUGUGUGAAAUUCCUCCCUGAUGAACCAUACAUCAAAGUUCGCAUCUGCUAUGUGGCUGGAACUAUAUUACUAAUAGCAGGUGCUCCAGGGAUCAUUGGAUCUGUGUGGUAUGCUGUUGACGUUUAUGUAGAACGUUCUUCCCUAGUUUUGCAUAAUAUAUUUCUUGGCAUCCAAUAUAAAUUUGGUUGGUCCUGUUGGCUUGGAAUGGCUGGGUCUCUGGGUUGCUUUUUGGCUGGAGCUGUCCUCACAUGCUGCUUAUACCUCUUUAAAGAUGUUGGACCUGAGAGGAACUAUCCUUAUUCUAUGAGGAAGGCUUCAACUGCAGCUGUUUCCAUGGCCAAGUCAUAUAAGACCCAUAGAACAGAGACUGCCAAAAUGUAUGCUGUAGAUACAAGAGUGUAA